AGAAGAAGACGAAGAAGAAGACGAAGAAGAAGAAGAAGAAGAAAACAGAAGGAAAGGCAGGCUCCCAUGAUGCAUUGCACUGCCAACGUAUGCAAACCAGGAACAUGGCUACCGGUGCUUAACAGCAGCAAUCCAUCGUUACAAAACACGUAUGAGGGUCUGACACAGUCUGUCACAGUGUCAUAUUUGCCGGUUCUCCGUCAGAGAGGAAAAGCCUUCGUAGAGUUUCCAGCUGAGGCUCAGAAAACACCGCUGUUCAUCAUCACAGACAGUGGGGUUCAACAUGGCGAGUCCAAGGACCAGACGAGUUCUGAAGGAAGUGAGAACCCAAGAAGAGAAUAAUCUAUGUUAUGAGUGUGGGGGUUUUAACCCUCAAUGGGUUAGUGUGACUUAUGGGAUCUGGAUUUGUCUUGAGUGCUCUGGCAAGCACAGGGGCCUGGGAGUACAUCUGAGUUUCGUGCGCUCUGUCACCAUGGACAAGUGGAAAGAUAUUGAGCUUGAGAAGAUGAAAGUGGGAGGAAAUGGGGAAUUCCGCAAAUUUCUCGAGCUCCAAGAUGAUUAUGAUCCCACCUGGAAUUUACAGGAGAAAUACAACAGCAAACCUGCUGCACUCUUUAGAGACAAGGUUGCAACCAUAGCAGAGGGUAAGGAGUGGUCCAUUGAGACGUCCUCGGCCAGAAACUGGACAUCUCCUCAACCCAAUGCCGGCCUUUCAUCCUCUCAUCGCUCUGGAGGACCGGGACAAAGCUCAGCGAAACCCGGCGACAAAGCUUUUGAAGACUGGCUGAGUGAUGAUGUUAACUCAUAUCAGAGCGGAGGGGGCUACAGUGGCAACCAAGAGAAUCGGUAUGUUGGCUUUGGCAACACCGUGACCCCAGAGAAGAAGGAGGAUGACUUCAUCAACAAUGCCAUGACUUCUAUUUAUUCAGGUUGGAGCAGUUUCGCUGUUGGAGCUAGCAAGAUUGCUACUAUCGCUAAAGAUAAUACAUCUAAACUGGCAAACCAAGCAACCUUAAAGGCUACAGAGUUAGGACAGACAUUAAAUGAGAAUGUUAUCAAACCCACACAAGAAAAGGUAAAAGAUGGCAAAUUGCUAGAUGAAAUGACACUCGGCAUCACCGGGCUGGCAAACAAGGUCCAGGGAGCUGGUUCCAAAUUGACUAAUCUCUUCGUGGGAAAAACGGAGGAUGGGUCUACUGGAGAGAGCUACCAGAACAUGGAUGCCACUGAGGGAUAUCAGGGCAGUUCUACCCAGCCUGUCGCAAAGGACUUCUGGGAAACCUUUGGAAGCAGCAACUCCUUAAAGGCCAAGAAAUCCCCCAGCAGUGACAGCUGGACCAACGUAGAUAAUUCUGCAAAGAAGAGCUCUGACAGUUGGGACAAUUGGGGCUCAGAGGGAGCGUCCAACAACAAACACAGCACAGAGGAGAGCUGGGAAGCCUGGGACAACAACUGGGAGAACGCAGAGGGUAAGACGAAGAAGAGUCCCACAAAACCUGCCGAGGAGACCUGGGAUAAUGCAGACUGGUAGUGACCUCACAAACGUACAUCUCCCCUCCUUCAACCCCACUCUGGUAUUUUCCCUGUUUCCCCUCUCUGUUCAUCUCACCGGCACCUUUAGGGAAAAAGCAGAGUAAAUAUACCUGUAAAUCCAUUCAAAAUGUAUUUAUUAUAAACCCAGGAAGCAAUUAAUGAGGCCCGGGGCGACGUUGAGCUCAUCAUGAGAGUAAGAUUCUUAAAAAAAUACAACUUUACAGACCUAUAGUCAUGUAUUGUAAAGUACCGUCCACAAAAGGAAUUACAAAUAAAUCAGUCUAGAUAUGAUCAUCAUUUUCUGCCUGGGCUCCCUAAAGAUAUGACUUACUAUCCCCCUGUUGAAUAAUGCAGUGUUCAUAGUGUAUGGUUUAAUGAAACUGGUUCAGAAUUCACCAGAUAAAGAAACAAUGCAUGGCAGAGAAAAUCCUUGUAAAUGUAAAUCCUUGUAAAUACAGUAUGAUUGACUAAAACACUCAUGGCAUGAUUUUAUGUUUGUUCAAUCAAAUGUGAUGUCUUCUACCCCUGGACCGUUUGCACAUUUUGUGUGCAUUAUUGAAUUAACAGUGUUAUAAUAAAUAAAAGGAACGAAUAACCACUGUAACCAAUUUGAUCUCUAAUCCAAUCGGAGUGGAUAUGUAAAAUGAAAAUGUUAUAAUAUAAUUUGUAAUGACCUGGAGUUUAAUUACCUUUUUUAUAGUAUUUUAUUAUAAACACUUCUGGGGUUAAAAUGUGCAAAUAGUCGAUGGGUUUGAAAGCAGAGGGCUGCUGAUACGUUAUCAUGUUAUUGAGACCAGAAUAUCUAUAGACAAGAUGACCAAAAGUUGAAUUUGUUGGGUCCUACACAAAUAGAGUUUAUAAAUAAUUGCCCCUUUCCAAUUGUAAGAUGGUUAAGUUUCUCUUGGUUAAAACAUGAAUUGUGUCACAUUGGUGUCAGACUUAAAACUGUUCUUGCUCAAUAUGGAUGUUUGAAGUAUAACAUAAAUAACCUGCUUCAACUAAUGUUGGUGAGCCGAUACAAAUUUUGAUUUUACUUUCUUGCUGUCUGUUAUUAACAACAAUUCAUUGCAAAAUACUAUUUUAAGCACAUCCGCAACAUCAUUGUAGGUUGUUUUUUGUUACGCAACUCCUCCACAGAUAUUUAUUAAGUAGUACUGUACUUUAUACCACAACAUUGAGCAAGUUAUCACAUGUUCUUUUUCUGACCAUGAAGCUGGCUGAUACUAUUUAAAUAAAAACUUUCAAAUUAACGUUCACACAGUCGGGACAGACCUAUUAAACAUCCAGCUGAUGCACAGUGAAUAAUGUCUCAUAAUGAAACCCAUUUGUUGGACAUUUUAAUCAAUCAUUUUUAGAAAUGUUGUUUUCAAGAUGUGAACAUUUUUUUCAAAACAAUUUGGGUUUAAAGACUAUAUAUACAGUUUAUUGUAGAUAAUAACAUGCAAAAGUCUCUCAUUGCAGGUUAAUAUUCUGUAUUGACCGUAUGGGAGUGUGUAGGUUGUGUUUAAAUAACAGGACUCAGACCUGGAGACUGUGUUAACGUUACCUGCAUGGUGUUGCCUGUGAGCCUGUGACUUGUGACCUCAGCUGAACCGACUGCUCUUUGUAAAUGUCAUCUCAUGUGAUCAGUUAUCUGCAUCUGUUGUAAUGCAGCACCUUGGUUAUUAUGUAUCGUGAGGAUUUGUUGUCUUCACACUUGUACUAACAUCUCAAUUCUGGAGUAAUGUUAAUGAAGCUCAUUACACGCUGGAUGUCAUUGCUCUUCUUCUGAUGAAUUCAUUUAGUCCCUGAAAUGGCAGCUGCACACACACAUUGUUCAUAGUAGAUGGAAAUGUUUUUUAACAAGUGGGAAUGUAAUCAGUGUGAAACUUGGUAUUUAACAAGCCUCUGGUGUCAAACGAGCUGUCGAGGUUUAGAACUUGGACAGUUUUGCAGAACCCACUUCCCUAUGUGGCCUUUAAUCCCGUAUAACAUAAGGUGUUGAAACUUUAUUACAUAGUCUAAUUUGCCUGUAUGUGUAAUAACUUAACCUAGUCUUUAUAAUGAUGCAAACCACUAAAUAGUGUCAUCUAUUCUCAUUUAAAUACACUUCUACCAAUGCCAUAUGCAGAGCUGGUCUAUAUUUGUCAAUUUGAUAGACAUUUUACAACUACAGAUUAUAUCACUGUAUGUAAUCAAUGGACAGUAAUUAAUUAUGAACUGCUCAUCAAGUGCAAUAAAGCUGCUGGAUUCUUUUAUUAUUAGGGCGUUAUAAGAUAUUGCUGUAACUCUCUAUAGGAGAAACCUAUUGGGCCUCAUGAUUCGUAGAAAUAAUAUAUAAUUAACACCGGUUUUAACGGGUGAAUAAUUAUUCCUGGAACAUUUUCCAUGCCCAUUUCCUACCUCUAAGACGUCUUCAGUUUACAGCCGAGUUUAGUAAAGUGAACAUGCUUUGUUUCUAAACUUUUUAGCAUUGUGUUGAUGUACAUCUUAUCGCUUUGCUGUGGUUCAUUUUGUCGUGUGUGUUGAGGCAAAGCUUCACAGGUCGGUCUACAUGUUGGUGUGUUCUCAGUGACAUGUUGUGAUGUUAAACAAAAAAAAAGAUCACUUCAGCAACAUUUGUGCCGCUGAACCUUCAUGUAUGGUCGUGUGUUUAAAAACCUUGAACAGCUGUGAUUGCUUCAUGUUGAUACUGAUGCCAGUUUGCUUGUGUGUCUGAUGCAGUGAGGUGUACGUGUCAGAAAAUGACCAUCAAAUAUGUAUUGUUACCCUCAGCCUUUCCUAAACCAUUGAGCUUUAUUUCAGUUAUUUUCUUGUUUUUCAUUUUAAUAAUACAAUGGCAUGACAACACAUAAACUGCCAGGACAUGGAUGAAAGACCUUGUGCUGUGAUAUCUCAAGUUUUCAAAUAGGGAAAUAUUUGAACAGCCACUUGUCUGAAAUCUGUAACAGAGUUUAUAGUUCUGAAGUACCAUCAUUAUUUUAUUGGUGAUUGUUGGGGUUAUUGGUACACUUGAUCUACAGAUAAACUGCAGAAUGUGUUAUUGACUGUAAUGCAUCCAGAUGGUGUUGAUAAAAGGUGAUGUUAAUUUUUGUUUUUUUUAUAAACCUCACGUAAUCUGAUGCUCAUUCUAAACUUAACUUUCCAGAGCAGCAGUUUGACUCAGCUUCUGUUCAUUUGUGAUUGGGUAUGUCCAUGUUUGUUGAUGAAACUAUCAUGUCAGAAAUACUAUUUUUGAUGUCAUGCAUGAGUUGUAACGUGGAGCUAAAUACAUUCAGCUGUUUGAUUUUCAAAAGUGGUUUCCUCAGUGAAUUUACGUGCAGUCGUCUGCUGGCCCCUUCGAGUUUCACCAGCAGCCGUUACCUAUUCAGUUGAGGCUGUGGAUAUUAUUCCUGUACACAUGGUUUCUGUGUUCAAUAAAGAUGUAUUGUGCCGUGAAUGCCA